UCUGUGUUGGAGUGCCUCGCAGAGAGAAAAAGCACUUCUAGCUAGAGAGAAGUGCUUUCAGUUUCACCUGGUGAUAAACUUCUUCCUCUGCUCAAAUCCUUAAGGACUGCUACAGAGAAUUCAAGAUCAAGCAAAAUGGGAGCUGGGGGGAACAUGGUCACCAAAACCAAGUCUAAAAAGCAAGAAGCCACCCACCAAAAAAGGGUGCCAGUCUCAAAACCUCCAUUCACUCUAAGCCAAAUCAAGAAAGCUAUCCCUCCCCAUUGCUUCAACCGCUCUCUCCUCCGCUCCUUCUCCUAUCUCCUCUACGACCUCGCCUUAUCCUUCCUCUUCUACCACAUCGCCACCUCAUACUUCCACCUCCUCCCUCACCCCCUCCUCUCCUACAUCUCCUGGCCUCUCUAUUGGAUCCUCCAAGGCUGCACCCUCACCGGCGUGUGGGUUAUCGCACACGAGUGCGGCCACCAUGCCUUCAGUGACUACCAAGUAGUUGAUGACACUGUCGGCCUUGUCCUCCACUCAUUUCUCCUAACCCCUUACUUCUCCUGGAAAUACAGCCACCGCCGCCACCACUCCAACACGGCGUCCCUCGAACGGGAUGAAGUAUUUGUUCCAAAACCUAAAUCCAAAAUUCCGUUUUACAACAAGUACUUCAACAACCCUCCAGGCAGGAUCUUGAGUAUUUUGGUAACACUCACACUCGGUUGGCCUUUGUACUUGGCGUUCAACGCCUCUGGCAGGGACUACGACCGGUUUGCGUGCCACUACGAUCCCAAAGGUCCAAUAUUUUCGACCCGUGAAAGGCUUCAAAUUUACAUUUCUGAUCUUGGGAUUGUGGCCGUAACUUAUGUGCUCUACCGCAUUGCAAUGGCCAAAGGGUUCGUUUGGCUUACUUGUAUUUAUGGAGUCCCAUUGCUUGUAGUUAACGGGUUUCUUGUGUUGAUCACGUACUUGCAUCACACACACUCCUCGCUGCCGCACUUCGACGCGUCGGAAUGGGACUGGUUGCGAGGGGCUUUGUCGACGGUGGACAGAGAUUUUGGGGUGCUUAAUAAGGUUUUCCACAAUAUAACAGAUUCGCAUGUGGUUCACCAUCUUUUCUCUACAAUGCCACAUUACCAUGCAGUGGAGGCAACAGAAGCAGUGAAGCCUGUCUUGGGAGAGUACUAUAGUUUCGAUGGGACUCCGGUUUACAAGGCCUUGUGGAGGGAGGCUAAAGAGUGCCUUUAUGUUGAGCUGGAUGAUGAGGAUAAUGGUGGUGCUAAAAAAGGUGUUUUUUGGUACAAGAACAAGUUUUAAUUGGAGAUCAUAUGCAUGAGUGAAGGAAAUGUACUACGCAGUACGGACUAUAGUGGUGCUAUUUGGUUAAUUUGUUAUUUAGUUUAGUAUUGUAAUGUCAUCAAUAAAUAAGCUUAGUGUAAUGUCAAUGAAUAACUCGGAACGUGGAUCUCUUUCAACUUUGAUGAUGAGCUAAUUGGUCAU